UGAAGGGCAGCCAUGCUGGUCCUAAACAAACAAGCAAACAAGCAAGUACCGAGAGCCGACCCUGGCUAGCUUCUCGUGUUCUUCUUGCAUUGCCUGAAUCUGCAAAAACUAAACACAAACCGAUCAUGGACUACAGCAUGCAGGGCUCCAAGGACUCGUACUCGUACUCUCCGCAAGAGCUGCUAGCUCUCUGUUCUUUGUUUCGAGGUGACCAUGGCCAGUUUCGUGUCCUUCUCCUUCAUUCAGUUCACAACUUGUACCCGGACGCUCAGCCACAGCCAGGGCUGUAUCCUCCUCCACCGCCGCCGCCGGCGAACCCGGAGAGGGGCUACGGCUACCAGUACCAGGGCUACUUCGGGGAAGCGGCGAACCCUCCUCCUUACGCUGGCAGAUGGCCGGAGCAGGCAGCUCCAGCUCCAUCUGAUGGGGAUCCUUUCUACUACCAGGACGAUGCCGACUGCAUCACCUUCCUCAGAGGAUGUGUUGCUGGGCUGUGCUGCUGCUGCUUGCUGGGGCCUGGGGCGAUGCUGCUACUGAGGAGGAGCGUGGUGUGAAAAGGCUUCCUGGAGCACACUUGCUUCAGAUGAUCAGAACCGCAGCCGUGAAUGUGAAUGUGAUGUACACAUGCCGAAUAAUAAUAAGCUGUGAUCAUGGAGCCACGCAGCAGAGGCGACGGUUUCUGCGUUGACGCCAUCCAUCCAUGUAGAUA